AUGACGCUGCGUGUGUUGGUCGUAGGAGCGGGGGCGGUAGGGUGCUUUUAUGCGAGCCGACUCGAUGCGGGCGCGUACGUAGGCCUGGUGUGCCGCUCGAAUUACGAGGCGGUGCGCGCGAGUGGCGUGACGAUGGACACGCACACGUUUGGGUCGUAUGCGUUUGUGCCCCACGCCGUGUAUCCCACCGUGGAGGCAGCGGCGGCCACGCCGUGGGACCUGGUGAUCGUGGCCACGAAGGCCUUAUCGAUGGAUCCCGCAUCGGUAGCUUACCUUGCGCCUGUCGUGCGCGACACAACGACGCUGGUGCUGAUCCAGAAUGGCGUGGAUAUCGAGGCACCGUAUCGGCACCAGUUUCCGCAUACCCCGAUCGUGUCGGCCGUCACGAUCGUGAGUGCCGCCAAGACCGAGGCAGCUCGCAUCGUGCAGUACCGCUGGACGCGCAUCAGUCUCGGGCCCUACACAGACCUGCAUGGAUCGGACGACGCGUCCUCAGCGCUGAUGCAGCGCGCCACCGAGAGCCUGCAAACGCUCGCCGCCCUGCUCAAGCGCGGCGGCAUUCCUGAUGUGGAAGUACACGACGCACGCACGCUUCAAUGGGUCCGCUGGCACAAGCUGUGUAUCAAUGCGUCGAUGAAUACGACGGGUGUGCUCGCCGGCGGCCGUAGCAAUCCGGACAUGGUGCGUGAUCCGCUGCUUCGUGCGCACAUCGAAGCAUGCAUGAACGAGGUCAUGGACGCUGCACCGCCUAUUUUUGGGUGUCCACUGCCUUUUGCGUCACCUGAGCGCAUUCUACAAAGCACCGAGCGCAAUACGUCGUCGAGCAAGUCCAGCAUGGUGCAGGAUUGGGAGGCAGGUCGCGCCCUCGAGCUUGAUGCGAUCUUGGGCAACGCCAUUCGCAUUGCCGAGGCGCACGGUGCGCAUAUGCCGCGCCUGCAGAGCAUGUAUGCCCUUCUCCAAAGUGCCGUAGCGAUGCGUGACGCGGCUACGUAG